AUUCACACCCCACAAACAAGUCCGAUCUAAAGCACACACAAUCAGUGCCCCGCUCACUUCGAGAACUGAGGGUUUCGCUCCUAGCAUCGACCGCCAUGGCCAGGCUAACCAUCGUCCUCGCAUGCUUCGCCCUCCUGCUCCUAAGAGCUGAGGCAGGCCCACCCCCCGGCAAAGGACCCGAUAAGGGCAACACUGGCAGCACUGGCGGCACCAGCAGCACCGGCAGCACUGGCAGCACUGGCAGCACCGGCAGCACCGGCAGCACUGGGACCACUGGUGGCUCUGACAAGGGCAAGGACAAGAACGGAGGAGGUCCCGGUCCCAAGCCUGUUCCUAAGAAGCCCUUCAAGCCCGUUGUGCUCGCUCGCUACAUGGGAACCGUGCACCCGUGCAAGCCCCUCCCCUUCGUGCGCGGCUCCAUCGUCGCGAACGUCAUGUCGACCGAAGACAACACGACCAACUCCAUGACCUACGGCCUCCUCGUGUCCGGAACCGCCGAGCCGCCCACCGUACAGGGGAUUUACAGCACGGAUCCGUGCGACCCGCUAGUCGAGCAGAAGCUGGUGACCGACUUGAACGGAACGUGGGUGAACGUGCCCCAGAAGCCGUCCAGGAAGAACAGGAACCCGCCCCAGGUGUACACCCUGAGCAACACUGUCAAUGAGACCGCUCUGCCGCAGGCUCGCCCUGCCGGUGCUCCCAAGGGGAACGCCUGGGGAAAGGUCUGGAAGAUGCAGCCCCUUUAUGUGAUGAUGUUCGUUAACACUACCGCGGGUAACGGCACUGUUGCUGGCAGUUUCAUGCGGAACAAGUAGACGGGGUUGGGUGAGGGUUUUGUGGACAUUAUUAGCCUUGUAGCUUCAUAACACUUAAUAUUCAUUAUUUUGUUGCUAUACAACCAAAUAUGAACGU